UGUAACCAGAGUUGGUAGACCAGAGCCGAUCCACUUAUACUACUUGUAACGAAGUGGAUCUGAUACCACCAAACCCAAGAGAACUUCGGAGAAGAUGAAAGCCUUGGGAUGGUGGUUGAUGUUGGUAGGUUCACUUCGCUUGGCCUCUGUAUGGUUUGGUUUCUUCGACAUUUGGGCUCUCCGCCGCGCCGUCUUCUCUCAAACCACCAUGUCUGAAAUUCAUGGGCGAACAUUUGGGGUUUGGACGCUUCUUACUUGCACUAUGUGUUUCCUCUGUGCAUUAAACCUCGACAACAAACCGCUUUAUCUUGCAACAUUUUUGUCCUUCAUCUAUGCGCUUGGUCACUUUUUAACAGAAUACUUGAUCUACCACACCAUGGCCAUUGGGAAUCUUGCAACUGUUGGUGUCUUUGCAGGCACAUCGAUAGUAUGGAUGUUAGUACAAUGGAAUGCCCAUGAACCUCAAACCCCAUUGAAGAAGGAUUGAAAAAGAAAAUGUAGAAGAUGACUCAAGGAUCUGGUGAUGAUAUUCAUUUGUAACUUUCCUUCCGUGCUAUAUCUUGUCAUGGUCUAAAACGUUAAAUUCUGAUGCGAUUUAUGUUGGAGAAA